CUAAUCCCACUAUUACCAGAAGAAAUCUGGUCAGAGGGGGGGAGAGGGACAAUGAAGGGUUCGGUAGUUAGCGGCCAAAGCUACUGUGCGUCUCUUCCUCAUGCACCUUCACCCCAUAGGCAUCGAUGUGCUCCAUUACCAGCGUUUCCCAAACUUUCCACAUUUUCAGCUGGGUGCACCCUUCCGUCUCCUUCGCUUUCGCCUGUCAUCCAUCCUUUACACAAUAAAUCAGGGAGUAAUUGCAACCGGUUUCAUCGUCGAACCUCCGUAGCUUGCUCGUUUGACAGGGGCUUUGUGAACGAGGCUCCGGUCAAGGUACUUCGCCGAAUUCUUGACUCUCCAGGGGUUCAUCAAGGCCCUGCUUGUUUCGAUGCUCUCAGUGCCAAGCUUGUUGAAAGAGCUGGAUUCCGAUACUGCUUUACCAGCGGUUUCUCAAUAUCAGCUUCCAGAUUGGGGUUGCCAGAUACAGGCUAUAUGUCUUAUGGAGAAAUGGUGGAUCAUGGGCAACAAAUUACACAAGCUGUGUCAAUUCCUGUCAUUGGAGAUGGCGAUAAUGGAUAUGGGAAUGCAAUGAAUGUUAAAAGGACAGUCAAGGGUUAUAUUAGAGCUGGUUUUGCUGGAAUCAUUCUUGAAGAUCAGGUAUCUCCGAAAGCAUGUGGCCACACAAAAGGAAGGAAAGUGGUGUCCAGAGAGGAGGCAGUGAUGCGGAUUAAAGCAGCUGUGGAUGCUAGAAUAGAGAGUGGCUCUGAUAUAGUCAUUGUAGCACGAACUGAUUCUUGUCAAGCAGUGUCGUUGGACGAAGCACUCCGAAGAUCAAGGGCUUUUGCUGAUGCUGGAGCAGAUGUUCUAUUUAUUGAUGCACUGAUAUCAAAAGAGGAAAUGAAAGCAUUUUGUGAAGUUUCUCCACUUAUUCCAAAAAUGGCCAAUAUGCUUGAAGGAGGAGGCAAAACACCUAUACUUAAUCCUCAAGAACUUGAAGAUAUUGGCUACAAGCUUGUGGCUUAUCCACUUUCUUUGAUUGGUGUUUCUAUACAAGCAAUGCAGGAUUCCCUAACUGCCAUUAAAGGAGGUCGUAUUCCUCCCCCUGGAAGCAUGCCGUCUUUUCAAGAAAUGAAGGAUAUCUUAGGUUUCAAUACUUACUAUGAAGAAGAGAAGCGUUAUGCUACAAGCCUGGAUCAGCUUUCUACAACGAGAGUGAGCAGUAGCCUCUACAGUAUACAAAGGAAGGAUCAAGUUGAUACAGAGGAGACAAGUCAAAGUUCUCAAGAACCCAUUGUGGAAGUUAUAACCCCUGAUGUGUACAAUGACUAUGCUGCAGAUGGUUCAAAGGACCCUUUUUCAAGGAUCUGGUCUCGGACUCUGAGAAUCAAAAUAACAGGAAGGGAUGGAUUUGAGAAACUUGAUCUUAGGAUCCCUGCGGGAUUCUUGGAGGGAAUCACAAGCAUAGUUCCAGCUCUGGGGGGCGUAAAUCUCAAAGAACUGUUGGAUGAUGCAGCAGAGGAAGUAGGCGGCAAACAGUUGUUAGAUUUUAAUGACACUAUGGGUGACAGAAUUCAAGUAUUUUUGGAGUGACAUUACAUUCCCAUGGUUUCCUUACAUUCAUAAUAAUGGUGAUAAAAGUAGGCUGAAGAUGAUCAAAGGCUCCUCAAGGCAUCCCAUGGGGGUUUGAAGGGCAAAAUCGAAGCCAGGUGUAAUCCCCGUAUCUUUCACAAGAACUACACUCGAGAUUUUCUAAGAUUCCAUGGAUUAAUGACCUCGAUAACCUUGGGGAGAUGGAUAUACAACUCUUGCAAACAAAUAAAACUGUAAGCUGGCGCCUAGGGUUGGAUUAUAUAAACAUUUGUCAUUGCUAAUCAGACCAUUUUGGAUGGUAAUCUGGUUUGCAGUUUCUAGAUCCCUUGCCCCCCAUAUGUCAUCUUGUGGCGAUUUAAGGGUUCUUCAAAGCGUGUACUUUUAUGUUGGCGCAACUUAACGAAGUCAAGAACGUUCUCUCUUAACUCAA